UAAAACAUCAAUGUGGUCCCACUUCAUCAUAGUGGACCAUGUUCCGGCUCUUGUGCAAUCCGCUUCCAGCUACGAGUACCAUGCAUCAUCCUGGCAAUAGUACGGUAGGCAAAACAAGAGCAUGGAGGGAGCAUAUAUUGGGGGUAUCAGCACAGACCACCCAUAUAUACUCCCUCCCCAAGGAUCCAGUACGAAAAAACGCUCAAACAAGAUUCAAAACCAGCUUCAAAGUUCUUCAUUCAAUGUCAUGCAUCCAAAAGAGGCGAGUGAAAUGUUAAUCUUACCAUAGUCACCAUCAUCCAUCAACGAGGUUGAUGCUUUCCACCGGCAUGCCAAGGGGCCCGUCCCCGAGUGCCAGAAGUUGUCCACCCUCGUCAAGGCAGACAACUUAACCUCCAAAGUGAUCUGAGAGACACACACUCUGCCAUACAAACCCCUCCCUAUGUCUAUGGUCAGAGUUCCCCCAAGGUAUUUGGCAAGCGUCCCCAUAAAGACUAGGCGCAAGUUCACUAGGUUGUCCCGUAAGCCUUCAUCCACAAUUGCCCUCAGUUUGAGUUCAGAAGCAAGACGUAGAUAGGCAGGAUCCAGCGAAAACAAACUCCCAGCGAAAACAAAACCCGAGAAAAAGCAUAAUCAGCCACAAGAUGCACUUGUUGGCCGAGAUAACCCAGGCUCCUCCAAAAACCCCAACCGAAAGGAUGAGAAAGAGCUUAGGCAGCCUGCCAGCAGGACCAUUGAGGCAAAAUACAACAUAAAACUCAACCCCAAUCGAAAUGGUAUUACCUCCAUCAUGAGGCAAACCCACGUGAGAAACUCAUCCAAAUCAGUUGGUAUUACCUCAACAAAUGUGAGGCAAAACCAGGGGCAUCAGGAAGAAAUACAGAAGCUAACCAAUUAGACCAUCAUGCCCAAGAGAUUCAGCUCCAAUUCAGCCCACAUGCAGCCUAAUUCACACUUCCAGAAUCAGCAUCUGGUGCAGACCAGCAAAUCCAAGUCCAUGGUAGCAGAUUCAAGUUCAUGGCAUUGUUUAAGCAUUGAAAACAGCCCCUUGGAGCCCAACCUGGCAGCGCCACAAUGCCAUUUGGACUCCAAUUUCUAGUGGAGAUAAUCAGAAAAGGUCAGCAAAGGUUGGGCAGAAGCAAGUCCAGUCCAGUGGCCUUCAAAACAGUAGCAGAAAGAAGUCUUCUAUGGCAGAAAGUCUGGGCAGAGACCAUAACAGGCUUGCCAAGAAUUCACCCUCCACAUCACAGCUUGAAGCUUCCAAACCUUACCAAAUUCCCAAAAAGGCCCAGCAAAAACAGUUGUACAUCACACAAAGCCCAAAACACAGCAAGGAACACUGCCCAAUCACAGCAAAAAGCUCUCCAAAACCAGCCCAAACACUGCCCAAAGUCUCCCAAUUGCUCUGGGCAGAUUGGGGUAUUUGCAGUGCAGUUCCACAGCUCCACAAGGUCCAAUAUAUAGUUUUCCAAAGCACAAGGAAAUCCUCAACAUAAAACCAUAAUAAACCACGUACAAAGAUCCCAAAACAGCAUGCCCCUGGUAAAAGACCAAGGCCUGCUCCAGGCAAUUCUGUCCUCAUUGUAUAUGUCCCAUAGUCCCAAGCGUAGGACCAGGGUUCAACCCAGUAAUGGAAAGAACAGGCCAAGCAAAUAGGAGCUCCAGUACCACCAUACCAAGAACACAGAAAACAAAACACGAAACCACAACACAGAUGAUCAUCACGAGGUCUGAACCCAGUAGCAAAACCAAUCGUUGAGUCAUUAUGUCAUCACAACACCAAAAGCCAUAGAAAUUGGACCCAAAAACAAUCCUAAACCAGAUACAAUUCGUAGUCCAUCUUCGUAGAUGAACAGUGAACCCGUAUAUCCAAUGUUCUUCAAAUAACAUGAAAAUCGAAUGGGUAUGUACUACAGCUUUAUACCUUGGAUUAACAGAGAGUUUCAUUCAUAAUCCUUGAACAGAAUCCAUCAAUUUCGCUUCAGACGCCAUAAAUCUUCAAUUUAGUUCGUCGAUGAACAGUAAUCGCGAAGCGUUGACCUUCGGUUCUCCCAAAAUCCAAUCCCAAAAAUAGCAAAAUAACCUCAAUAAAGGAUUCACCCGCUGUAGGCGCACCCUGAGAUCCAAAAAUCUCAAGCAUAGCUCUCAAAUUGAUGGAGAAACGGCGAGAAAGCCUCCUGCGGGACACUGUUCAUCGCA